UACGAUGAAAUGAAAAACUAUGCCUUUUAUCAAGUUGCCUAUGAAUGGUAUGCCUUCACGCAAGACGUGAAAAGGGUAUUGCGGUAUGUUCGUAAAAAGUCAGCCCUCGUUGGAAUUUGUGUCGAAUAUGAAAUUAGGUGCAUGACAUUUGAAGAACUACAAAAAACAAGUGAAUUCUAUAAGAUGUGCCCUAAGUCAAGUGGGCUAGAAUUCACGCAAAUGAACAUUGACUCCAUCAAAAAUAGCCCAGAAGAGCUUUUUAGUAUUUUGAAACCAUCAGAUGUGAGCUACCUUCAUAGAAAAGUUAUGGAAAAUAUUGAAGCGAGGUUCGAAAAACUGAAUGAGAAAGUCCGUAAGAUUCAAGAAGGCAAGCAUCACGGUAGUGGUCUCUAUGAAUACUACAUGUAGCAAAAAACCUCAGAAUCGCUGCACAAAAGGGAAAUGCACCAGAAGAAAUUACUCUGCACAAACUGGCGCAAGAGGCAAAUUCACAGUGCCUAAAGAUGAAUUCCAAGAGGCGAUUUCAUCUUCGGAUGAAUCGAGGAUGUCAGGAUAUUUUUCGGCUUAUGACAGUGACAUCUCUUAUAAGUGCAAGGGUUCGUUGAAGUAGCAUUUUCUUUAGAAGUAAUGGUCCAUUAUUUUUCAAAAGUUAGGUUUAUUUGUAACAGCUAGAACGGCAUUGUAAAUUAUACGAGUACUGUAGUAAAUUAAUAAGACCGCAUUG